GAACAACAGCACCGUCCAACAACAGCAAUUCCUUGAAUCCAACCCACGCAACAAUAUUUUUCGGAAUAGGUGUAGUAGUUGGGUUUGUUUGCCUAGGCUUAGGGCAACUUAUUUUUGAAGAACUAGAAAAGACGCGGACGGAAAAACAAGCCCGCUUAACUGAAUUGGAAAGACAGCAUGAUGCCAUUCCCGAACAG